AUUUUAAAAAUAUUAGUUUGUGGAAUUAUAUUAUUUUUAUUUAGAUUAUUAAUAAUAAUAAUAAGAUUAUAUUUAAUGUUAAUUAAUAAAUGUUUUUUUUUAGAAUGAUUAAUUUAUUCAAUUAAUUCAAUAAAAUUUAAUUUUUAUGUAUUGAUUGAUUAUAAAUCAUUAAUAUUUAUUUUUUUAGUAAGGAAUAUUUUUUCAAUGAUUAUUAUUUAUAGAAUUAGGUAUAUAAGAUUAGAUGAAUUAAUAAUAAAUCGAUUUUUUUAUUUAAUAAUUUUAUUUUUAGCUUCAAUGUAUUUAUUAAUUCUUAGUCCUAAUAUAUUAUCAAUUAUUUUAGGUUGAGAUGGAUUAGGAUUAAUUUCUUAUUGUUUAGUAAUUUAUUAUAUAAAAAUAAAAUCUUUUAGAUCAGGAAUGGUUACUAUUAUUUUAAAUCGAGUAGGAGAUUCAGGUUUAUUAAUAAUAAUAUGUUUUGUAACUUGUUUUGGUAGAUGAAAUUUAAUUUUAUAUAAAAUAGAUAAAUUUAUAAUAUUUUUUUUAUUAAUAAUGGCUUUUACAAAAAGAGCUCAAAUACCAUUUUCUACUUGAUUACCAAUAGCAAUAAUAGCUCCAACUCCUGUUUCAUCAUUAGUUCAUUCAUCAACAUUAGUUACUGCAGGAAUUUAUUUAUUAAUUCGAUAUGUUGAUUUAUUAAAUAUUGAAUUUAAAAAUAUUAUUUUAUUUGUUUCUAGAUUAACAAUAUUAUUUGCUGGAUUAGUUGCUAAUUUUGAAUUAGAUUUAAAAAAAAUUGUUGCUUAUUCAACAUUAAGUCAAUUAGGUUUUAUAAUAAGAAUGGUUUCUUUAGGUUUUAGUGAUUUAGUAUUUUUACAUUUAUUUAUUCAUGCAAUAUUUAAAUCAUUAAUGUUUAUAUGUGUUGGAAGAUUUAUACAUUAUAUAAAUAGAGUUCAAGAUUUACGUAUAUAUUAUGGUAUAUUUUAUAUUUAUCCUUUAAAAAGAAUAAUUUUAAUAUUUUCUAUAUUAAGAUUAUGUGGAUUUCCUUUUUUAGUUGGAUUUUAUUCUAAAGAUUUAAUUAUUGAAUAUUUUUUUUAUAGACCAAUAAAUUAUUUUUCUUUAAUUAAUUUAAUUUUAAGAACAAUAUUAACUGUUUCUUAUACUUUUCGAAUUAUUUUAGUUUUAACAAGAAAUUUUUUAAAAUUAAAUAUUAUUUUUUCUAAGGAAGAUGAUAUUAUAGGAAUUACAAUAUUAAUUAUGAUAAUUUUAAGAUUAAUUUAUAGAAAAUUAAUAUUUAAUUUAAUAAAUUUUAGUUUAUAUGGUGUAAAUUUGAUUUUAAUUUAUAAAUUUAUAAUUUUGAAAAUAUUAAUAUUAGGAUUAGUUAUGGGAUAUAAUUUUUAUAAAUUUAAUUUAUUAAAUAAUAGUAUUGGUUCAUUUUUUAUAAUAUUUUUAAAUAUAAAUUUUAUUUAUAAGAAAAUUUAUUUAGGUUUAUUAAUGUAUAUAUUUGGUUAUGAAAUUGAAUUUGAAAAAAUAUUUAUUGAAUCAUUUAGAGGAAAGUUUAUAUCAUUACUUAUAAAUUUAUAUAAUAUUAAAAUUAAAAAUUUAAUAAUCAAUACUUUAUUAUUAACUAUAAUUUAUUUAAUUUCUUUAAUAAUUUUUAUAAUUAAUUAUUAUAUUAAUUAA